CACGGCAUUGUAACUCACUUACCACAUGUGCCCUCUGCAUCAUGCACCUUGGAAGUAUGCAUCGCGGCGGUAACUUGAAUAGUUCACUUCUAUGCUACUCACCAUCAAAAUUGCAAACUUUCGGUGCAAAUAUUAUCCCAGAUUCAUGCCGUCGUGUCUGUCGCGAUGAGGACACUCUUCGGCGCAAGCAUCUAUAGUCCUUCGUCGGCGCCCGAAGCCGUCCAUCAAACCAACCCUCUUCAACUCCGAUUCACCUCCUCGCGAGCUGCCACUACCUCAUCGAGCCACACUUCAUCGACUCCGAGCUCGCAUGGGGAAGACAUUUGGUUAACGGAUUCUCAUCAGGGCCAACGGCGCAUCGCAGUGCAAUCAAGCGCAUCUGUGAACUAUGAGGCUGAGUCGAGGACGUGGCGCAAUGGAGAAGCAAGUCAGAAGGGUGUUCCCAAGGUACUGUUGAUGGGCCUGGGCAGGUGUGGAAAGUCCUCUAUCCAGCAUGUCAUCUUAAAGACCAAGUCUGCUGGUGAGACAUUGUACCUUGAGCCAACAAACACGAUUGUUGAAUCUACCGCGAUCGAAUCCUUUAUCAAAUUGGAAUGCGUAGAGGUACCAUCGAUUCUGCCGUUCAUGUCACCAGGUUACAAUCAUGAAGCGAUCUUCAGCUCGGCCGGCUCAAUUGUCUGGGUUAUCGACAUCCAGGACGAAAACAUCCACAGCAUCCACAAGCUAGUCAGCACAGCACUGUGGCUGAUGAACAACUAUCCGCGGAUAAAUUUCGAAGUCUUUGUGCACAAAACGGAUGGCCUCAGUGAUGAGUACAAGAACAAUACCUUCCGCGACGUCCGACAAAAUAUUCAAGAUGAACUCAACGAUCGAGGAUAUGGCAAUCGAGGGCUCACGUUCCAUCAGACCAGCAUAUACGACGCUUCGAUCCACGAGGCCAUCAGUAAAGUAGUGCAGCGUCUUCUACCGCAGCUACCGGCCAUCGAAACGCUCCUGACGAAGCUAUGCUCGAAAUGCAAUAUGCAGAAGGUAUAUCUGUUCGACACGAUGUCACGCAUAUACCUCGCCACCGACGCCAGCCCGACGUUCCUGCGCGACUUCGAGGUCUGUUCCGAGUAUGUAGACAUGAUCGUGGACGCCAAAAACAUAUACGGCUGGCGCGGUAAUGGAUCCGAAGAGAGCGGUCAUCGACGACGAGCAACACAACAGUCGAGAAAGCAACUGAAUCGGCCAGGAGGUCGAAACGUACGAACGUCGCGCGACCAUGAGGAUGACGAGGAAUACUCGGGCCACAGCGGCCAUGACCAGUAUUACGACGAUGAUUACGACGACUUCGACGACGACGACGACGACGACGACGGCAACGACGGCAACACCGCCAUCGAUCCGUUCCGACACAGCCGCGUCGGCCACAGCGACACAGACGACUAUGACGAGGAGGAAAGCCAUGUCCACGCCGGCGACCUGGCCGGAGAAUCGAACGGGAUCAGCGAGGCGGUGGGCGAAAGCAGCAUAACCCUCCCGGGCAGCCAGAAUUUGUACAUGAUCGGUCGCGAAAUCAACGAUUACCUCUCGUUGAUAUGCAUAAUGGGCCCCGGGAGCACUCCGGACCGGCGAGUCCUCAUAGACUACAACGUUGGCUUGGCGGCGGAUGCGAUCAAGGCGAUUUUCAAAAUGGCUUGAAGGCGGGUGGGAACGACAGAGUGCGUCAGACCAUGGCAGCGCGGGCAGCAGGACGCGUCGAGUCACAUCUCGUUCUGGCUCGUCUUCGACCAUGUUGUAUCCUGUGCUUCGUGUGACAUCACGGCGCUGGUCGAAAGUUCUCAAUCAAAUAAUGUCUCCUGGCACAUUGAAUCUAUCAUCUAUCAUCUCCCAUCUAUCAAUGAUCCCAGGCGUCGAGUUUAGAUAACCAAGU